AUAAAAUUACAACGGUACUUUACGAAAAUUACAUGUUUAUAAAGUAUUAAAAUGAAUAAAAAUAGAAUAUAAACUCUAUGAUAAUGCUAUAUGCAUUAAUGGCUUAAAAGAAAAAAAGAAAAUGGCAACUUCUUAUGAAAUAUGCAUCGCUCAUGUUGUAAAUCUUUUCCAUAAUAUAUUAUAGAAAGUAUAUACUAAAGCAAAGACAGACACCAGAAAAGAAAUUAUUAUAGACACUCGCUUCCUUUCUGUCUCUCAAUUCUUUAGCGCCACAUUUUCUGUGUUGUCUUUGACUGCUGCUUCUUUCUUUGCCUUAACUAAAAAAACUCACCUUUUUCUUGUUUUUUCUUUCUUAUAUAAAGAGAGACUUUCAAGCGCAACAACUAGACUUUCAAGUGCAACAACUCUAUCUUUCUUUAUUAAUUUCCCAUCAUCUUCUUGAACUUUCUCCAAGAUUCUUCCCUUUGUUUCCACAAUCUUUCUCAGGAAACAGUAAAGAAAAUAAGAUUUGGGUAAUCUCUGUUUCAGUAAUAACUGAUGGAAAGCACUGGAGGUGGUUCUUUUAUGAGGAAUAGGAGACUGGAGAGUUUUCUUAACACAGACUCCAGCACAAAUGUGAAUGAAACCUCAAGAAAAUUGGUGAGGAAAGAAGUGGAACAAAGGCCUAACAAUGAUGUUUAUGUUGAUGAUGAUGGUUGGAUUUCUGGAUUGAUAUCUUGGGUGAGGAUUGUUGUGUGUUUUGUGUCAAUGAUGAUUACUACAUUUAUCUGGGCUUCACUCAUGCUCUUGCUCUUGCCAUGGCCUUAUGAGAGGAUUAGGCAAGGAAAUAUUUAUGGACAUGUCACUGGUAGAAUUUUGAUGUGGAUCUUAGGGAAUCCUCUAAAGAUCGAAGGCGUUGAAUUCUCAAAUGAGAAGGCCAUUUAUAUCAGUAAUCAUUCAUCUCCUAUAGACAUUUUCCUUAUAAUGUGGUUGACGCCCACUGGCACAGUUGGGGUUGCAAAGAAGGAGAUUAUAUGGUACCCACUAUUUGGACAGCUUUAUGUACUGGCCAACCAUCUUCGAAUUGAUCGCUCCAAUCCAGCUGCUGCAAUUCAAUCCAUGAAAGAGGCACAAACUUUCUUCUCUCAGGUAGCGUGUGCUGUUAUCAAGAACAACCUAUCGUUAAUCAUUUUUCCAGAGGGCACCAGGUCGAAAAGUGGAAGAUUACUCCCCUUUAAAAAGGGUUUUGUUCAUUUAGCAUUGCAAACACGUCUUCCAAUAGUUCCAAUCGUCCUGACGGGUACCCAUCGAGCAUGGAGGAAGGACAGUUUGCAUGUUCGGCCUGCACCCAUAAAUGUCAAGUAUCUCCGUCCAAUAAAAACUGAUAAUUGGACAGAUGACAAAAUUGAUGACUACGUAAAAUUGCUACAUGACACGUAUGUUGAAAACCUUCCAGAGUCUCAAAGGCCUCUAAGUUAGAAGGUACCAGAAGCAAUCCCUACUCUCUAAUCCUAGUUGAGGCAUUUUUCUCUUUGUAAUUUUAACAAUCUGGGAAAGUCCCUUAGUAAAAGCUACAAUAAGCAUUGUAGCAAUGUAAUGAUCAAGAUUAGCUGAGGCACUGAUGUUUAUACUGCUAUUGCAAGUAUCCUUAUUGUUUGUGUUAAGAUUUGCUUGAUUUAUGUAAUUGUGUAUCAUAUCUUCUAUUUAUAGGAAGUCUCUUUGUAUUGUA